AUGAACUUCAAGUGCACCGUAGCUGUGUUCCUCCUGAUGGUAGUGUUGAUGUUCGCCACUGACUCCACAAACGGCUUCAGAAAACCACCUUUCAACGGCAGCAUCUUCGGAAAGCGAACCAUUUCUUAUCCGGAGUAUGAAAACCCCGGAAAGACAAUUUACACCAUGUGCGAGAUCGCGUCAGACGCAUGCCAGAAUUGGUUCCCCACAUCCGUAGAGAAGAAGUGA